AAUCAUGAAAAGAACAUAAUGUAAUUGUGAUGAGAAUAUCAAGAAAGACUUUGAUAACUGUUCUUAAUCUCUUGAAUGGCUUGUGAUACAUUAUGACAUAAAAUAAUUAGAUAACAUGAGAAAAGAUUAUUAAUUACUAUGUAAUAUAGAAAUUGCAGAUUAAUAGUAAUGGAUAACAAAAUAACGUAAACAAAUUGAAAGAGAUUUAAUGAGAACAUUUCCAAAUGAACCAUUUUUUUAAUCAAAACAUGGAAAAGAAGCUUUGUAAAGAUUACUAUUUACUAUUGCAAUUUAUGAUAUUGGUGUUGGAUUUGUGUAAGGAAUGAAUUUUUUAGCUGGUGCUCUUCUCUUUCAUAGUGAAGAAUGUGUAGCCUUCUGGAAUUAUGUUACAUUAUAUGAACGAUUAUAAUUGAGAGAUAUUUAUUUGGAAAGUAGUCUAUAAUCUUAAGAUAGACCUUCCUGGAUUAUCAAAACACAUUUAAAUAAUACAAUUAUUAUGUAUGAGCCAACAAAGAAAACUUUAUGAUAUGUUUCUUAAAAACAAUGUUUAAUUUGAAAAUUUUUGCAUUCCUUGGUUUUUAUCAAUGUUAGCUAUGGUAAUACCAAUUAGAUCUUUUGUAAGAAUUUUAUCUAACUAGAAUUUAGUUAUAAAACCUAUGAUUUUAAGUAGAUGGAUAUUUGUUUAUAAAUUAAUUCUAUCUUUUUUAUAAAAUUUAGAAUUAAUUUGUGAAGGACCUGAAUUAUUGAUGGAAUUAACUAGUAAAACAUAUAAAUGGAACCAUUGUAUACCUUUAGCUAAUAAUUUGAAUUUAGACAAAAAAUUUAUCGAUUUAAUGUUAGAAUCAUUUGAUUAAGAUAAAUAAACAUUUUUAAUUAAAUUAUAUAAUGGAAAUUGA